GUCACUUAUUCACCUCUUCGGCGGCCGCUCAACGCCUGCCAUUUUGCUAGCUCACGGCUAGAGUUGUGUUCUUUUGUGCACCAGGUGGUCUGGCCGUGCCUCUAACGAAGGAUUCGGCCCUCCUUGACGAACGGUCCACUUGCCAGUGUCGCAAAGUCGCGAAGCAGGAAACACCAUUUCGCUCACUGUAGAACUUCCAGAAAGAUACCAUUUCGGUCGCGAGCAUGUCACAAGCAUGACGCGCGCUGUAUCGGUUUUGUAAUUGUACAGCGCUGAACCCUGCAGCUGCCAGCGAAUUCACCGGCGCACCUUGCAGCUAUGCCGGCCGUCUCUCAACCGCACCCGUCGAAUGCGCGACAACCUGACAUGCAAACACAAACACCGCCCGCCAAACACAAACGCUUCGCGUCGCUGUUGCGCCUGCCCUCGUCGUCAUCUAAAAAGGAGAAAGACAAAGAAACUCCCCCAGCUUCCUCUCCACGCUCGCGACGCGCAACAACAAACCCCACCACACCCACAGCACCCGUUCAGAAAGCGCCCUCGGCUUCACCUUCUUACUUUUCCCCACAGCCCGGGUCAUCCGGCUCAGGUACCGAUUUGCGCUCACCAGGAAGCAAGAGACCGCCUGCCUCGUACAGUGGUCAUGGCAUAGACAAUUCGCGUGGACCGCCAGUCACAUUGAUCACACGUGGGAACUCCGACUACGCACGCAAGAAGGUCCCUGCCACGACCCCUACUCAGCCUCAGCGACAGCACUCAGGAUUACCGACGCCAAUUGCUGGGCUGCAACGGAUGGGCCAGCCAGCAGACGACGACGACUCAGACAGCUCGAGUGCAAGCGAAGCCACCGCGUCAAUACCACCCACGAGCAAGCCAGUGCUCUCGCGACAGAGCACAGUGACGAGCAUACGAUCCUCGCGACACAUGGCGAGCUCGAGGGACGAGUCCUCUGACUUCGACGACACCCGCAGUGGACACACUGGGCGCGCAAAGAGGAACAUUUCAGGCGCUGAGAGCGAGGACCUCUUCAUGAACAUCGCCGAAGACAAUGCGCCCAGGCAGCGCGCAAUUGAUGCUGCAGUACGGCAGGACCGGCUGCGCUCGCGCAUUGCCAGAGUGAACAAUCGACAUUCAACACCUUCCGGUCUGCAACCGUCCUCACCCGUACACGCCAUAUCCACUUAUACCACGCCGACUACAAGCCGUAUACCCUUCUCCUCCUCUACAGACCCAAAGGCGAGCGUAUUGCCCCGCCGAGCAACAGCGCUUCCCACACCAUCUAGAACGACGUAUCAGUCACCACUAUCACCGAACAACCCAAACGAGACCCACCGCACACGCUUGCCUGAGCUCAACGCCAAAGCUUCUUUUUCUUCCAGGAGAGAUGCAGAACUCUCACCAAGCGAGUUUCUUGCCUCGAUGCGACGGCCAUCUGUUCCAGAUGCGCUACAAACCCCUCCAAAGCGCACGCCCACACACGCCUACCGUUCUUCGAACUUGAACUACACGUCCACGCGCAACGAGCCGAAAACGCCGCAAACUGAUCCGAGACAUGAGGGAUCUUCGCAUCAUGAUGGUACUGAAUCACAUGGCUCAACAGGCCCUGCAGCUUCAGUAUGGGACGAACUAGAUGAGUUAAAGACAAGGAUCAAAAAGAUAGAACAGGGUGGCGGCAAGACUCCUGCAACUUCAAACGCUGCCGUUGCUCAAGCUUCCGCCGAACGUCCACGAACCGCCAAUACAUCAGCCACCACAGUCUCCUCCUCCCCACAUCAGCAGCGCAAGCCGAAUGCGUCUCCAUCUGAAUCCACAGUCGAUGCGCCAUCCACAAAAGUUCACCCUCUGCUAAGAGACGCCUUGGCAAAGGCUAAGCAACACACUACGCAUUCGGUAUACCGUGUACUCGAGUCUACAGCAACAGAAGCAAUUGCGCUGGCAGAGAUGGCAGGAAGCACGGGAAUGCUGGGCUCAGCAGCCUCGGUCUACAGUGGUGCUGCGACAGCUGACCGACAAGUCCGCCGAAAAGCAGACAAUAUCUGUCGUAGCCUAACAGAGCUUUGUAUAGCAUUGUGCGAUACAAAACCGAGUCUAGCGAGUUCCGCUAUGCGCUCGUCGGCGGCCGCAGUGACACGUAGGCCGAGUGUGCAGGUCAAUGGCGAAUCACCGAAACCAUUAAGAGACAGCGAGGAGACUGGAAGUGUCGUUUCAUUCUCGGGUGUUAGUCCCAGCCGAGCUCUUGAGCGCAUUGAAGCCCGCAGGACCAGCAUGCUUGCGGCCUCUACCAGUAAACGCGACUCCAGUCAAGAGACUAAUAGUACUUCUGAUGCUCUCGCUGCAUCUCGCAUACAACGAGCAGGCACUAGUCUCAAUCGUACUCGACGCCAAUCAGACGCGGAAGAAGACGAGGACGAUACGCUGCGUGCACCAUCUCGCGCAAUGACAGAUUUCAGGCAAUUACGGAGUAUCAAUGCCAAUACCACCACCCACACCAACACCAACAGUAGCAACUUCGAGAAGAACCGGCACAGCAGCAGAACGUAUACGUCACAAGAACCAAUGCCGGAGUUGCAACCAUCACCUAAGUUUCGACCUGCCCCUAGCCUACGGCGACCGACCGUAACAGGUGUACCGAACGAGAACAGCCUUCUCUUCAGAGACAGCCCUCGACGCUACAACUUUGAUCGACAGAGUUCACCGGCGGUCGAGAAGCAAACAGUCAAUGGUCUCCGGGAACGACUACAGCUCAGCACAAACCGCACCAACCUGAAUCGCAACUCGAUUGGUACCACAGCCGACUUGACCCGUAGCAUGAGCCUAGGUAGAACGAGGAUGAGAGGUGCAAGUACUGGAGAGUGAGCAGAUGAAGAACUGCAUGCAUUUUGAUUGAGCGUUUCUGACGAUCGUAACGAUAUAUACCCAGUUUGCUGUCCGGACGAUGCGUUACAAUGCGGCAUUCUAAAUGCACUUCACCGGCGCCGGAACGAUGCGUCACGGCAUUGCGAAUCCAGCGGCGUCGACUGUAGCCACGACAAGGACAACGAUAUAAGAUCUAGCAUCUAUUGAGGUUUUGGGGAAAUGAGAUUUCUUCGAAGCGGUGGGAGCACGCGUUGUUUCUCGAACUUAUCUUCACGACGCGACAUGCAACAUUC